GCAAUUUUCCUCAGCCUGCUUAUUCUGGGACUCAGUCAUGCCCUUGGGAAUCACAGAACGAUGGAGAAUUAAAACUGCUGUAUUUAAACCUGGCACACAGCAGUGCUGGAUCUGAGAUGUGCAGUGGGAUGGCACUGCAGAUCAUUCUGCUGGCACUAACAGUCCUCUGGGCUGCAGCACAGACUCCACCAUGCAGAAUACUGGGGAGGGCAGCCAAGCCUAGCUUCUAUCAACAUGGAGACAUCAACAUCGGUGGGGUCUUCUCCAUGCACCAUAUUCCUUUGGACACAACUAUCAAAUUUGAAGCCAAACCAGAACCGCUGAGAUGCUCUCGAGUUAACUUCAGAGAAUUCCGGGUGGCUCAGACGAUGAUCUUCGCCAUUGAAGAAAUAAACAACAGAACUGACCUCCUCCCAGGAGUAUCUCUUGGAUAUAAAAUAUAUGACACCUGUAUCUCUGCAGCAUUUUCUAUACAAUCAGCCAUGGCUCUGAUGAACGGUUAUGAGGAAACACUGACCGACACAUCUUGCUCCACACCAGCAGUAGUUCAGGCCAUCAUUGGAGACUCAGUAUCUACAAACACUAUGGCAAUUGCUGCAACAGUAGGAUUAUUUCAAAUUCCAGUGAUCAGUCACUUUGCUACCUGUGCAUGCUUGAGCAACAGAAAAGAAUUUCCCACAUUCUUCAGAACCAUUCCCAGUGACUAUUACCAGAGCAGGGCAAUGGCUCAGCUGGUGAAGCACUUUGGCUGGACCUGGAUAGGAGCAGUGAGAAGUGACAGUGACUACGGCAACAAUGGGAUGGCCACGUUUAUAAAAGCCGCUCAACAAGAAGGAAUCUGCAUUGAGUAUUCAGAGAAAUUUUACAGAACAGAAUCAGAUAAAUUAUUGAAGGUUGUAGAUGUUAUCAGAAGAGGUACUGCAAAGGUAAUUGUAGCAUUUCUUGGUCAGGGUGAAAUGAACAAGUUACUGGAGCAGCUGACGCUUCAGAAUAUUACAGGUCUCCAAAUGGUUGGCAGUGAAGGCUGGAUAACAGCAAGCAGUGCAGUAACACCAACAAGUUUCAGAAUACUGGGAGGGUCUAUUGGCUUUGCUGUUCCCAAAGGCAAAAUAAAUGGCUUUAAAGAGUUUUUGUUGAAACUUCACCCAUCAAAAUACCCAAAUAAUAUUGUUGUCAUAGACUUUUGGGAAAAUGCGUUUCAAUGUUCCCUCACAAAUGAAAACAAUCUACCUCAAAUGAAUCCCUGCAAGGGAUCUGAGAGCUUAACUGAACUGGGAAACGAAUACACCGAUGUAUCAGAACUGAGAAUCUCCAGCAAUGUUUACAAAGCAGUAUACGCUGUUGCUAAUUCUCUACAUGGUUUAUUGGCAUGUACUCCCCAACAAGGCUGCGCAAACAGGAUGAAAACACAGCCCUGGCAGGUACUUAAGGCUCUGAAAGAAGUCAAUUUUACUUUGGGAACAGGAGAGAAAGUCUCCUUUGACAGUAAUGGAGACCCAGUGGCCAGAUAUGAGGUGGUGAACUGGCAGCUUGGCCCUGAUAGUGAAGUAGAAUUCAAAAUGGUCGGCUACUAUGAUGCCUCUUUACCACCUGGGCAGCAGUUUGUGAUGAGCCCUGUUACUAUGGUUUGGGCAGGUGGGCAAAAACAGAAACCCAGGUCAGUGUGCAGUGAGAGCUGUCCCCCAGGCACCCGGAAGGCUGUGCAGAGAGGAAGGCCUGUCUGCUGCUAUGACUGUGUGCCCUGUGCUGAGGGAGAAAUCAGCAAUGUCACAGUGGUGUUAAUGGCCUUCAGGGCUACACUUCCAGGCAGUAAUGUGAUGAAGUGGUUUGGGCCUCUGCAGCAGAGACUGAGUGUUCUUGCUUUCACUCUCAUACAGGUCCUUAUUUGUGUGCUUUGGUUAACAAUAUCCCCUCCUUUCCCCAACAAGAACAUGAAGCACUACAAAGAGAAGAUCAUUCUAGAAUGUGAUGUAGGAUCAGCAGUGGGGUUCUGGGCUGUGCUGGGUUAUAUUGGGCUCCUCUCUGUAUUGUGCUUUAUUUUAGCUUUUCUAGCUCGUAAGCUGCCUGACAACUUCAAUGAAGCCAAGUACAUCACAUUCAGCAUGCUCAUAUUCUGUGCAGUCUGGAUCACUUUUAUACCAGCUUAUGUCAGCUCACCUGGAAAGUUCACUGUGGCUGUGGAAAUAUUUGCAAUUUUAGCAUCUAGUUUUGGCUUACUAUUCUGUAUCUUUCUUCCAAAAUGUUACAUAAUAUUAUUCCGACCUGAGCAAAACACAAAAAAACAUAUAAUGGGUAAAACAAAUUUGAGUCUCUGAUAUACUCAAAAUAAUUUUGUAGGUUUCUGGACCAGAGAGUCAUAAUUUGUGAAAUAAGAAUUUUAUAUGUCUUACCUUACAAGGUUGCCAAGGUAUAUAAAUGAUGGAGAAGAAAUGAUGUUCAUAAACCGGUGUUCACUUGAUGGCAAUCCUCAAGAACUUUACAAGGCACGCUGUGGUUUAGUUGGCUGACUUAUGUUGACCUUCCCUUUGGGCCUACACCUGGUUUAUGCUACUUGUUCUUGUACUGAGUACUGAAAAUUCAGAAACCUGCGUUCACUUGAUGGCAAUCCUCAAGAACUUUACCAAGCAUGCUGUGGCUUAGUUGUGUGGUUUAUUUUGACCUACUAUUUGGACCUACACCUGGCUUAUUCUAUUGUGGCCAAAAAUACACCUUUUUAUUGUAGUCAUAAUAUGCAGUG